CCGUGAUAUGUCCCCAGGUGUCGAAAGGUUGAAGAUGAAAACAUCGGUUGUUUGGCGCAAGUUCUUUCUUCUUUUGCCCUUAUGAUGUAGACACAUUGGUCCAUGUGGAAGUAGUAUAUAGUCCUGAUGUCCUCCGUCACCUGUGAGGCCUGUGAACACAAAACGUUUGAAUGGAACCAAGAACGAUCACGUGGUUCCAGAUGCAUGCAUCAUGUAUCACUACAAUUUUUGCCUCGCUCCACGUUUUCUCCCCUUCCCUUUCGUCGUCGUGUGCAGCAGAUGGAUGCAUGUGCAUGUACCACUCGCAACCCAACUUGCUAGUGAUUUUCUAAUCACGUGUGUGGACUAUCGGCGAUCGAUCAUUGUGGUAAGUCCUCUCCUGCAGUUGCAGACAGUAGCAUCAUGGUCUCCCAAUGAUUUGAUCGACAGCACAGAAACAGGAGAGGACAAGGAGUUCGUACUGGAAGCGGAUAACAAGAAGAAGUUGCAGAGAGCUUUAUCUAUCUGAGAAAACAGAAGCUGCAGAGAAGUUUCGUUCAGAGGUCAGCCAACAAGAGUGGCGAGAGGGAGAGGAAAUGUCAAUCGGGUACAACGAGAACGCAGCCGGCCCGGCCCCAGUGUCAAAACAUGAAACGUUUCGCGCAUGGGCUUUUUAUUGGACUGCUUUGCUUGACCGUGGAAAUAUCAAUCAGUAAGAGGCAAAAACGGCCGGCAGUGUACAAGUCCCCAAGGGCCGGGUCGCAUAGUCAACACCUCGUGGAUGGACCAGCGGAGGAAAAGCAGGCAAAUUGCAGCCAGAACGGCACGGCGGCGUAGGUGCUCUUGGGUGCCAACAUGCGCGCGCGCAGACCUGUAUAUAUACCGGUGCCAUCGUUUGUGAUCUCAGAGCGGUAGUGUUCUCUUUAACGGUUGUUCUAUUCUGUACUCGGUUAGCACCCAGUCAGGCAGUCAGAGAGAGAGAGAGAGAGAUCAGAGAGAUCAGAGAGAGAGAGACCAGAGAGAGAAUGCAGGGCUUAACAGCACCCGCUGCUGCGUCCCCAGCCACAGCAUUGCUCCGACGACGGACUGCCGGGACACAGCAGCUUCAGCAUGCCCUGCCCGGGCGCGCAUUGCGCUGGCGACGUGAGCGAUCUCAUCACGGGUUCAUCGUGGAGGCACGACAGAGCGAAGCACCUGAGGCAGUUGCACACAAACCAGUUGUUGAGAAGACACAGCAUAAGGGUGAGCCAACAAGACACAUCGACGAAAUGAUCGGCACCGUCAGAGCAUCGUUGAGGGAGAUGGGAGGCGGCGACAUCAGUUUCUCCCCAUACGACACAGCGUGGGUCGCCCUUGUGAAGAAGUUGGAUGGUGGAGAAGGCCCGCAGUUCCCCUCGUGCAUCGACUGGAUCGCUAACAACCAGCUCCCAGAUGGCUCAUGGGGCGAUGACGCCUUCUUUCUAGUCCAAGACCGGCUCAUCAACACCUUGGCUUGCGUCAUCGCUCUGAAAACUUGGAAUGUUCAUAGCGACAGGUGCAACAAAGGCUUGUCGUUUGUCCAUGAGAAUAUAAAGAGACUACCCGAGGAUGAUGAGAAUUGGAUGCUGGCCGGUUUUGAGACAAUCUUCCCAACGCUGCUAGAGAUGGCGAAGGAUGUAGGCCUUGACAUGCCUUGUGAUGACCCCGCGUUGCAGGACAUAUAUGCCAAAAGAGAUCUAAAACUCGCUAAGAUUCCGAAAGAUGUACUGCACUCUGUACCAACAGCUUUGCUUCUUAGCUUAGAGGGAAUGCCAGGCUUAGACUGGGACAGGUUGUUCAAACUCCAGUCUCCAGACGGCUCCUUCUUGUCGUCAGCAGCUCCGACAGCUUAUGCUCUUAUGCAAACAGGCAACAAGAAAUGCCUCGAGUACCUUACCGACAUCGUCCACAAGUUCAACGGGGGAGCACCCUUUGUCUACCCCGUGGAGCUGUACGAGCGCAUAUGGGUUGUCGACCGGUUGGAGCGGUUAGGCUUAGCCUCCUACUUCAGGGCCGAAAUUGACAGCAAUUUAGCCUACGCUUACAGGCACUGGAGUGAUGAAGGCAUAGGUUUUACCUGGGACUGCAUGGUGAAGGACAUCGAUGACACGGUCAUGGGUUUCCGUCUCCUCCGGCAGCACGGCUACCACGUCUCUACUGAGGCCUUAAAGCAUUUCGAGACGAAGGACGGCGAGUUCGUGGUGUACCGGGGGCAGACCAACCAGUCGGUGAGCGCGAUGUACAACCUGUACCGCGCCGCCGACCAGGCCGCCUUCCCCGGCGACGACGGUGUUGUCCGGCGUGCCAAGGCCUACAGCUACGCGUUCCUUCAGGAGAGGCGAGCCUCCGGCGACCUCAACGACAAGUGGAUCAUCUCCUCGGGCCUGCCCAGCGAGGUCGCCUACGGCCUCGACUUCCCCUGGAAGGCGAAUCUGCCGCGCGUGGAGACGAGGAUGUACCUGGAGCAGUACGGUGGCAGUGACAAUGUGUGGAUCGGGAAGGUCCUUCACAGGAUGCAUCUCUUCAACAACGAGCUGUUCCUCAAGUUGGCGAAGGCCGACUUCAGCAACUUCCAGAGGCAAUGCCGACUUGAGUGGCAGGGCCUCAAAAGGUGGUGUGAAAAAAACAAUCUUGAAAUGUAUGGGGUGACUCCACAGAGCGCGAUGAGGGCCUACUUCCUGGCAGCAGCCAACAUCUUCGAACCAGACCGAGCGGCGGAGCGGCUGGGAUGGGCGCGCACAGCGGUGAUUGCCCAGGCCAUCUCUUCAUGCUUCCUGAGCAGCAACGCUUAUGCUACUGACAGCAUGCUGGAAGGGCUCAUUGGUGAACUCACUAGUGACGGCCACAAUCUUGCAAGGCGUGGAGGAAAUUAUUCGACGACGGAGAAUGGCCUCCUCAAUGCACUUCAUGAGCUGAUCGAUCUCUCUGCACCUGGAAAAGAUGCUUCUGACAAUCUCCGUGAAGCUUGGAAGACAUGGCUGAUGGAAUUGACCACGAACGGUGGCCAUGAAUCAUGUGGAGGAAACACAGCACUGUUGUUAGUUCGCACAGUGGAGAUCUGCUCAGGGAGACACAGUUCAGCCAACCAGAAUUUGAAGCCUGCCGAGUAUUCCCAGCUUGAGAAGCUAACCUCUUCCAUCUGCAGCAAACUUGGCUCUAGGAGUCUCUCUCAGGUCAAUCAGAAUGGAACAACCAUGGAGAACACUGAGAAUUUAGAACAGCAGGUAGAUCAGGAGAUGCAAGAGCUGGCUCAGUGUGUUUUUAAGAGCCGCGACGCUAUAAGCAGGGUGACCAAGCAGACAUUUCUCCAUGUGACUAGGAGCUACUGCUACGUUGCUCAUUCUUCACCUGAAACAAUCGACAGUCACAUCUCCAAGGUCAUAUUUGAGGAUGUCGUUUAGGAGGACAAGACCCUUGGGCUCCCAUUGCAUUUAAACUCACCGUGUAGUAAAUCAACACGCCAUAAUAUGAUUGUACUAUUAAUAAAUCUUUAAACCUGGAAAUUGAAGGUCAUUUCCACCUUCAAUUCUCGCACAUAACCAGCCAUGGCUGCAGAGCCGAGGAAGGUGUCGUUAGAUAGACAUGUAUGUGGAUCAUGUAAACAACCGCAACAAUUUGGUCGUGGGCCGGCCUAGGGUUGCUGUUUAGAUUUGUUGUACAAUAGUUGGAUACAUUGAGUUUGUUGUAACUAGUUGAUGAGCAAUCCAUGCCUGGCCCUAUCCGGUUAUUGCACAUUGUAAUCUUGCCACAUGUUGUCGACCCUUUAUUAUUAACAUGAAGGCCGUGCAUAGAGAAUGUGCAAUUUCUUUCCUCCCCAAA